GGACGAUCGAGAGUAAGAUGCCCCUUUUUUGUACUUUCUUGAUUAUUCGAGGUUGUUAACCUCGCGUACUCCUGCCGCCAUUUGCAAUCGACUAAGUCGGUGUCACCGAGACUACACAACUACAAAAAGAAUUUGUUAAAUAUGGAAACUCUUUGUGAUGCUGUGGACAUUUUAAACAGUCAUGUUAUGACAAGAGCAAAUCUGAAUGUGAAGAAGAAAGGAAAUCGUCAAGAUGACGUACAGAUGAAUGCUUCAGCAGGAGAUGUGUUGUUACUAGAGUCUCCAACCACUGAUGUGGUGAUCAAACAAGAGCUAAUAGAAACUGAUGACAACAAUGCAUCAUCCAUGUAUGAAGUGCAGACAGCAGAUGGUGAAGUACAGCAGAUUGUUCAGUACAUUCAGAUUGAAAAUGUUCCCACUGAAGGGCAGACCACAACACCGACAGAUGAAUACGAAUCAACUCUUGAGGGAGAGGAUUUUGAAGUGUGUGAGAUAAACAUGAGUGACUUGAAAGAAAUUGCUGAUGGUAAACAUAUACUACAAGUACUCUACGUCCCUCAGGAUUUCAACAUGGCAUCAACAACAGGUGACAUGAGUCAGAAAUGUCUCAUAUGUAGUGAAAGUUUUAAGACUGUUGACUUGUUGAAGAUUCAUAUGAAUACACACAAUCCCAGGCCACAUUUCCGUGAACUUCGAGCCAUCAUGACACAAACAGAUGAAAGUUUACUUCAAGGCAAUACAGUCAACGUCACAAUGCCUUCUGUUCAGUUUGAGAAUAGUGAACCUGUUGAAUCAGAUCAACAGAUAAAUGCAAUCGAUGCAGAAAAUAUUUUGAACCCUGUGGCUCAAAUUAAUUCUAAUUUAGGGGGAAUGAAACACACAAAAAAGGUUUUAUCAAAAACAAGCAAUACAUGUCACAUUUGUUCAAAAACAUUUGUCUCUGCUUCCAAGUUAAUAAGACAUAGCUAUCUGCACACGGGUGAAAAACCUUUUGCUUGUGAUAUUUGUCAUCGGCGUUUCACACAGAUAGCACACCUAAAAGUACAUGUGGAGCUUCACACAGGACAGUAUGUUUACAGGAAACUUUACCAGUGUCCCCACUGUGGAAAAAAAUUCACCUCCAAAUCUAACAUCCAGACACACCUCGUCAUCCACACUGGGGUAAAGGCUUACAAGUGCCACCAAUGUGGAAAAUCUUUUGCACUGGCUUCGCACCUCAAGCGUCAUGAAUUUUCCCAUACAGGUCAAAAGCCUUUCACAUGUGGAACAUGUGGGAAGUCUUUUACCACAAAGUGCUCAAUGAUAAUUCACUCCCGACAACACUCUGGGGAACGCCCAUUCUCAUGUAAUAUGUGUGGAAGGUCAUUUUAUGAUAAAACUCACUUAAGACGUCACAUAAAAUCACACAAAAAGUUGUAUAAGUGUAAUAAGUGUCCGAGCCGUUUUAUGAAUAUUUUGAUGUUGAAUUCACAUCUGAAAACACACAAUACAGUGAAUGAUAGUAUCCAAACCACUGAAGAAGUGGUUAAACUUGUUCAAAGCAUAAGAAAAUCAACACCCAAAUUGGGUAUACCGAAAGUGAGGAAAUAUCGUACCCAACAGCCUUUGUCGCCUUCUUUGCCAGUUGUUCAUCUUCCUCCUGAAGAACCAGAGACUGCUUUAGAAGACUUUGCUUUAAAUAUUCUCAAUGUAGGUAGUGUACUUCAACAUGAUGCAGCCCAUAGCUAUUCCCUGAAGAGCAAGCUUGGAGAUUCAAAGGAAAUUAAGAAUAAGUGUAACCUGUGCGGAAAAGGUUUUGCACAUCCUUCUAAUCUGUUGAAGCACAAAAAGACUGUCCACUCAUCACUUCGACCAUACAAAUGUGAUGUGUGUCAAAGGUCAUUUACUCAAAAUGCUCAUUUGAAAGUCCACAAAAAGACCUUGCAUCCUGAUCCUGGAGAAAAAAUUUUGUAUCAGUGUGGAGUCUGCUUCAGACAGUUCAAUGUACAAAAAAAUGCAGAGAGACACAUGAAACAUGUCCACUUGGGACAAGAACAAAAGAAAAAUCUCAAGUGCAAACUUUGUGAAAAAACAUUUGCUUUUCCAGUACAACUGAAGCGUCAUUUGAAGAAACAUGAAGAUGAAACCAGUCGUGAGUGUGAUCAAUGUGGUAAAAAGUUUACUUCCCUCUGGCACUUCUCUAUGCACUACCGAACACAUACAGGCGAAAAGCCUUAUGAAUGUGAAGUUUGUUUGUUACGGUUUGGAGACCAGAGCACUUUGACCCGACACAAAAGGGGUACUCAUGAAAACGUAUCACGGGUAACUUGUGGUGUUUGUAAGAAAACAUUUUCAUCCAAGGGACAUUUAGUGAAACAUUUGAAAAGACACCCAGAGACUCGACGAGCUGUGUUAAUGGCACAGGGAAGCGCCAAGGAGUAUAUGCCAGUUACUGCCAGCCAGAAAUACCAAUGUGGAGAAUGCCAGGAGGAGUUUACUUACUUUGCAAAUGCUUUUGCUCACAUGAAAGUACAUUCUGAAAAUGGAGAAGUUCCGCUGAAGUGUCCUUUCUGUAAUGCAGAUUUUAGUGACAUGAGUGCCAUGAAAAAACAUAUUCGACAACAUACUGGAGAACCUGAGCCAGAAAAAUCUCAAGUAUGCAACUUUUGCAGCAAAAGAUUCUAUAAGAAGAAAACCCUUAAAACACAUUUGGAAAAGAUGCAUAGUACUAUGGAAAGUAACAAAAGAACUAUGAGGGUAAAAUUGGAGUCAGAGCUGGCAUCACAAUCUUCAAUUAAUCACAUAAGUUCAGUUUCAGGUAUCACAGCUUUGGAAGCUAAUGAACAUGGUGAAGUGAUGGAACAAACACUUCCCUUUUACUCCACUUCAGAAGAGAAUAAUGGAAACAAUCAGCUCACUGUACAGGUGUUAAAACAAGAGGAAGGAGCAGAAGAUGACAUAAUUACAGUAGUUGUGAUGGAUCCUUCUACUGCUUCUCAAGUACAAGAUGAGCAAAUCAAAAAGCAGCAAACACUGGAAAAUGAGGCUGCCAGAGUUCUGCAUUCCUUGAACAAUUCUAAGGCUGCGAUCAUAGAACUGGAUAUACCAGCUCUUGAGGGUGCACAGCAUAUUGUUGAACCUAAAGAGAUAGGACCAAGUACUGACAAGAAAUAAAUUUUGCAGAAAUG